GGCGAACGGUCACGUGGGCAAGGCGUCUGGGGGCGGGGCUGGGGCGCGCGCGCGCGCGAAGAUGGCGGCGGCCGCCGGCGGGCCGUGUGUGAGGAGCAGCAGGGAACUGUGGACAAUUCUGCUUGGAAGGUCAGCUCUGAGAGAGCUGAAUCAGAUUGAGGCAGAACUGAAUAAACAUUGGCAGCGGCUCUUAGAGGGGCUGUCCUACUAUAAACCUCCCAGUCCAAAUUCAGCUGAAAAAGUGAAAGCUAAUAAAGAUGUGGCUUCACCAUUGAAGGAACUGGGUUUAAGAAUCAGCAAGUUUUUGGGUCUUGACGAAGAACAGAGUGUGCAGUUGCUCCAGUGUUACCUUCAAGAGGAUUAUAGAGGUACUCGGGACUCACUGAAGACGGUACUGCAAGAUGAGAGGCAGAGCCAGGCCUUAAUCCUGAAGAUUGCAGAUUAUUACUAUGAAGAAAGAACCUGUAUUCUUCGUUGUGUCUUACACCUUCUCACUUAUUUCCAAGAUGAAAGACACCCCUAUAGGGUUGAAUAUGCAGACUGUGUUGAUAAAUUGGAGAAGGAACUAGUCACAAAAUACAGACAGCAGUUCGAAGAGCUUUAUAAAACUGAAGCACCAACUUGGGAGACACAUGGAAACCUCAUGACUGAGCGCCAGGUAUCUCGCUGGUUUGUUCAGUGCCUUCGGGAACAGUCCAUGCUGCUAGAAAUUAUUUUCCUUUAUUAUGCAUACUUUGAGAUGGCACCUAGUGACCUGUUGGCAUUAACCAAGAUGUUUAAAGAGCAAGGAUUUGGUAGUAGGCAGACCAACAGGCACCUGGUGGAUGAGACCAUGGACCCUUUCGUGGAUAGGAUUGGCUACUUCAGUGCCCUUAUCCUGGUGGAAGGCAUGGAUAUUGAAUCCUUGCAUAAGUGUGCUUUGGAUGACAGAAGAGAACUGCACCAGUUUGCCCAGGACGGGCUUAUUUGUCAGGAUAUGGACCGUUUGAUGUUGACCUUCGGGGACAUUCCACACCAUGCCCCAGUGCUUUUGGCCUGGGCUCUUCUCCGUCACACCCUGCAUCCAGAAGAGACCAGCAGCGUUGUCCGAAAGAUAGGCGGCACAGCCAUCCAGCUGAACGUAUUUCAGUACUUGACCCGACUGCUCCGCUCGCUGGCCAGUGGGGGAAAUGAUUGUACCACCAGCACCGCGUGCAUGUGUGUGUAUGGACUGCUCUCUUUCGUUCUCACCUCGCUGGAGCUGCACACACUGGGCAACCAGCAGGAUGUAAUUGACACAGCAUGUGAAGUCCUGGCAGAUCCUUCUCUUCCAGAGCUAUUCUGGGGAACAGAGCCAACCUCUGGGCUCGGGAUCAUUCUGGACAGUGUAUGUGGGAUGUUUCCCCAUCUCCUCUCCCCACUCCUGCAGUUGCUACGAGCCCUCGUAUCAGGAAAGUCCACUGCCAAAAAGGUGUAUAGUUUCUUGGAUAAGAUGUCUUUCUACAAUGAACUGUACAAGCACAAGCCCCAUGAUGUGAUCUCCCACGAAGAUGGAACUCUCUGGCGGAGGCAAACGUCCAAACUCCUUUACCCUCUUGGGGGUCAGACCAACCUUCGCAUACCUCAGGGCACAGUAGGCCAGGUAGUGCUGGACGACAGGGCUUACCUGGUUCGCUGGGAGUACUCUUACAGUAGCUGGACCCUCUUUACCUGCGAGAUUGAAAUGCUGUUGCAUGUUGUUUCCACUGCAGAUGUGAUCCAGCACUGCCAGCGGGUCAGACCCAUCAUUGAUCUGGUCCAUAAGGUCAUCAGCACAGAUCUGUCCAUAGCAGACUGUCUCUUGCCCAUCACAUCCCGUAUCUACAUGCUGCUACAGCGGCUAACGACAGUAAUCUCUCCACCGGUGGAUGUCAUUGCUUCUUGUGUCAAUUGCUUGACUGUUUUGGCUGCCCGGAACCCUGCAAAGGUCUGGACUGAUCUUCGUCACACAGGCUUUUUACCAUUCGUGGCCCACCAGGUCUCCAGCAUGAGUCAGAUGAUUAGUGCGGAGGGGAUGAAUGCUGGAGGGUACGGAAACCUCUUGAUGAAUAGUGAGCAGCCCCAGGGCGAGUACGGGGUCACUGUUGCCUUUCUACGCUUGAUCACCACUCUUGUCAAGGGGCAGCUUGGGAGUACCCAGAGCCAAGGGCUGGCGCCCUGUGUCAUGUUUGUGCUGAAGGAGAUGCUUCCUGGCUACCACAAGUGGCGCUACAACACCCAUGGUGUGAGGGAACAGAUUGGUUGCCUGAUCCUGGAGUUGAUUCAUGCAAUACUGAACCUGUGCCAUGAGGCAGACCUGCACAGCAGUCACAGCCCCAGCCUGCAGUCUCUCUGCAUCUGCAGCCUGGCCUACACAGAAGCGGGACAGACAGUCAUCAAUAUCAUGGGCAUCGGUGUGGACACCAUCGACAUGGUGAUGGCUGCUCAGCCCCGCAGUGAUGGGGCAGAGGGCCAGGGGCAGGGCCAGCUGCUGAUCAAGACAGUGAAACUGGCAUUCUCCGUCACCAACAAUGUUAUUCGGCUGAAACCUCCUUCUAAUGUGGUCCCCCUGGAACAGGCUCUCACACAGCAUGGUGCCCAUGGGAACAACCUCAUUGCUGUUCUUGCCAAAUACAUCUACCACAAACAUGAUCCUGCUUUGCCACGUCUUGCCAUCCAGCUGUUGAAACGUCUGGCCACGGUGGCCCCAAUGUCAGUGUACGCCUGCCUGGGCAAUGAUGCGGCUGCCAUUCGAGAUGCCUUCCUGACCCGACUGCAGAGCAAGAUUGAGGACAUGCGCAUCAAAGUCAUGAUUCUGGAGUUCCUCACGGUUGCAGUAGAGACUCAGCCAGGCCUCAUUGAACUGUUUCUGAAUCUGGAGGUGAAGGAUGGCAGCGAUGGCUCCAAGGAAUUCAGCCUUGGGGUAUGGAGCUGUCUCCACGCCGUGCUGGAGCUGAUCGAUUCCCAGCAGCAGGACCGCUACUGGUGUCCGCCCCUGCUGCAUCGUGCGGCCAUUGCCUUUCUGCACGCCCUGUGGCAGGACCGGCGGGACAGUGCCAUGCUGGUCCUCAGAACUAAACCCAAAUUUUGGGAGAACUUAACCAGUCCACUGUUUGGAACCCUUUCUCCUCCCUCAGAAACAUCUGAGCCCAGCGUCCUGGAAACCUGUGCCCUCAUCAUGAAGAUAAUUUGCUUGGAAAUAUACUAUGUAGUUAAGGGCUCUUUAGAUCAGUCUUUAAAAGAUACACUUAAGAAAUUUUCCAGCGAGAAACGCUUUGCCUACUGGUCAGGAUAUGUCAAGUCAUUGGCAGUUCACACAGCAGACACGGAGGGCAGCAGCUGCACCUCCCUGGUAGAGUAUCAGAUGCUCGUCUCCGCCUGGAGGAUGCUCCUCAUCAUCGCCACCAGUCAUGCAGAGGUAAUGCACUUGACUGACCCUGCAGUGCGUCGCCAGCUCUUUCUUGACGUGCUUGAUGGGACCAAAGCAUUACUCCUGGUCCCCACCUCAGUGAACUGCCUCCGCCUCGGAUCCAUGAUGUGCACUCUGCUGCUUAUCCUCCUCCGGCAGUGGAAGAGGGAGUUAGGUUCUGUGGAUGAAAUCCUUGGGCCCUUGACGGAGAUCCUGGAGGGAGUGCUACAGGCAGACCAGCAACUCAUGGAGAAGACCAAGGCCAAGGUGUUCUCAGCAUUCAUCACAGUGUUGCAGAUGAAGGAGAUGAGAGUGAGUGACAUCCCCCAGUACUCCCAGCUGGUGCUGAAUGUCUGUGAGACCCUCCAGGAAGAGGUAAUUGCUCUCUUCGACCAGACCCGCCAUAGUCUGGCGUCAGGUGGUGCCACAGAGGACAAGGACAGCAUGGAGACUGAUGACUGCUCGAGGCCCCGGCACAAGGACCAGCGUGAUGGGGUGUGUGUCCUGGGCCUGCACCUGGCCAAGGAGCUGUGUGAGGUGGACGAGGACGGUGACUCAUGGCUCCAGGUGACUCGCAGGCUCCCCAUCCUGCCAACCCUCCUCACCACUCUGGAGGUGAGCCUUCGCAUGAAGCAGAACCUGCAUUUCACCGAGGCAUCAUUGCACCUGCUCCUCACUCUGGCUCGCACCCAGCAGGGAGCCACAGCAGUAGCUGGGGCUGGCAUCACCCAGAGCAUUUGUCUGCCCCUCCUGAGCGUGUACCAGCUUAGCUCCAAUGGGACAGUGCAGACGCCUAGCACCUCUCGGAAGUCUCUGGAUGCCCCCUCUUGGCCGGGGGUCUACCGCCUCUCCAUGUCCUUGAUGGAGCGGCUCCUCAAAACUCUGCGCUACAACUUCCUGACCGAGGCCCUGGACUUCGUGGGUGUUCACCAGGAGCGGACCUUACAGUGCCUCAGUGCGGUGAGGACAGUACAGAGUCUGGCGUGCCUGGAGGAGGCAGACCACACUGUGGGCUUCAUUCUGCAGCUCUCCAACUUCAUGAAGGAAUGGCACUUCCACCUGCCUCAGCUUAUGCGAGAUGUCCAGGUAAACCUGGGCUACCUGUGCCAGGCCUGCACCUCCCUCCUGCACAGCCGCAAGAUGCUGCAGCACUGCUUGCAGAACAAAAACGGGGACGGCAUCCCCUCGGCUGUCGCCCCCCGAGUUCAGCGGCUGCCCGCUGCUGCCGCUGCCGCCCCCUCCUGCUCUUCUAAGCAGCCCGCUGCUGACACGGAGGCCUCGGAGCAGCGAGCCUUACACACGGUCCAGUACGGACUUCUCAAGAUCCUUAGCAGGACCCUGGCGGCCCUGCGCCACUUCACCCCAGACGUCUGCCAAAUCCUGCUGGAUCAGUCCCUGGACCUUGCUGAAUACAACUUCCUCUUUGCCCUGAGCUUCACCACUCCCACCUUUGACUCAGAAGUGGCCCCCUCCUUCGGGACCCUUCUGGCCACGGUGAAUGUGGCCCUAAACAUGCUUGGAGAGCUGGACAAGAAAAAGGAGCCCCUCACCCAGGCCGUGGGGCUCAGCACACAGGCGGAAGGGACCAGAACGCUGAAGUCCCUCCUGAUGUUCACCAUGGAAAACUGCUUCUACCUGCUCAUCUCCCAGGCCGUGCGCUACCUUAGGGACCCGGCCGUGCAUCCCCGGGACAAGCAGCGGAUGAAACAGGAGCUCAGCUCGGAGUUGAGCACGCUGCUCUCCAGCCUCUCACGCUACUUCCGCCGGGGAGGCCCCAGCUCCCCCGCUGCCGGCGUCCUCCCCUCGCCUCAGGGCAAGUCCACCUCGCUCUCCAAGGCCAGCCCGGAGAGCCAGGAGCCUCUGAUCCAGCUAGUGCAGGCCUUCGUGCGGCACGUGCAAAGAUAGGGUGGGGGCCCGCCCGCCCUGCUCCGGCAGCCUGCACCACAGUCCCGGGCAGCGGGGGUGCUGCGGGCCGGCCCUGCGGCCCGUGUGGACUGAGAGCGGCACCUGUCCCCUCCCCCCAGGGCAGCCACGACUCUAGCCGCCCACCCACUGGCAUUAUUUUUAUAAUAGAUCAAGAGGUCCACGGCCAGGUGGGAGCCAUGAGUCUACCGCGCUCACGCCCUCAAGUUCAGAAUGUCCCAGGGUGUGGUACUUCCCUUAAGCAUCCCCCCCCCCGCCCCUGCACUUGACCCCGGCCCAGUAGAGGCCAGGAGCCGGUGUCAAAUGCAACCAGGAUAGGCUGUGUGCACGGCUCUGAAAAUGUUUUCCAUGCUCUGUUCUUGCAGUUUUUGGUAAUACUGUGGUCUAUUUAUACAAAUAUUAAAAUACUGUUUAUAGA